GGCUUGUGGAGCUGGGGCAGGGAUGGGCGGUGGCAGCAGCGGCGGCAGCAGCAGCCGGGACGAGUUUGGGCGCAUCGUGGCCAAGAUGGCGGUCGCGCAGAUCUGCGAAUCGGUAGGCUUCCACUCGAUCCAGGCGUCGGCCAUGGAGACGCUGGCGGACGUGGCCAUCCGCUACCUCCGCGACCUCGCCCGCGCCGCGCACUUCUACUCCAACCUCGCCGCGCGCAUCGAGAGCAACGCCUUCGAUUUGAUCAUGGCCAUGGAGGACGUCGGCCCCGCGCCGCCGGCCGCCGACCCCUCCCGCCCCAUCGCCCGGAGCUCCGCGCUGCGCGAGGUGAUGCGUUUCGUGGAGUACAGCGAGGAGAUUCCAUUCGCGCGGCCGCUGCCGCGAUUCCCCGUGGCCAAGAAGAGGCUCGCGGCGCCCAGCUUCGCGCAGCUCGGGGAGGCCCCGCCAGGAUCACACAUACCGUCGUGGCUCCCGGCUCUUCCAGACCCACACACGUACCGCCACACGCCCGUGUGGCCCGAUCGCAAGAGAGAGCCCGCCGCUAAUCGCCUGGAGCAAGCUCGGCAGCGCCGAAAGGCCGAGAGCUCUCUCGUCGCGCUCCACUCGCGGCUCUCGUCCACGGCGAGCAUGGUUUUCAAAGACAGGGAGAAGGAGAACAGUGGCAGUGAAGAGAAUGGGAGUGGGAGUGGGAGUGGGAAUGCUUUCCUGGCGCCGCCGCUAGCGGCCGGGGCCAAGGAGCUCAUGGUGGUCCAGUUUGGAGGAUUCAAGGACGGAGGUGGCGGGGAGAAUGCCGGGGUGGUGCCGCAGGUUCCUUCUAUCGUGGAGGCGUUUGCGUCGGUGGUGGAGUCUGCGAGUAAUGGUAAUGGUGACGGUGGUCUCGAGAUCCAGGACGGUGGUGGUGGCAAUGAGAAUGGAUUGGCUCUGGUGGAGCAGUCACAGCCGCAGCCGCAGCCACAGCAAAAGAAAGGCGAGCUUUUGGAGAGUAACCGGAGCCAGAGAGUGGUACUGAGCUUCGACUUUGGUGGCAAGGCGGGUUCCAAGGGGGUGUUUGCGAAGAGGAUCCUGGCGGCGAGCAAGCAACAGCAGCAGCAGCAGCAGCAGCUUCUCAAGCGGCAGAGAUCGUCGGUUGCAAACGCCGAGGAUGAUAAGGACGAGAGGAAGAAGCGAGCCGAACAGAUAAUCACACAGGGAAUGGACACCAUGGCCGCUUCGUGAUCGAUUCUUUGCAAUGGUGGAAUAAGUUCUCCUACAGCGACAAUCCGCCAAGCUUUCCAAGCGACGAGAGUCUCUAUACUUGUGGACUUUCUUGCAGAUGUAGAUCAUCGCGCAGAGGAGAGCCAGCGCGAGGAUGAAGCCGACGGCUAUGCCCGCCUUUUGGGCCGGAGUUGCAGGGGCUGGAUCCACUGGAGUGAUUGGAACACUCGGGGGUGGUGGACGAGGCUUUGGAAAUGGUGGCGGUGGCGGUGGCGGUGGUCUCUUUGGGGGUGGAGGAGCGAACUUAGGCGGUGGUGGUGGCGUUGGUGUCCUUGGAGGUGGAGGGGCGAUCUUAGGGGGUGGUGGUGGUAACCUUGGAGGUGGAGGACAGAUCUUAGGAGCUGGAGGAGGCGUUGGAGGUGGUGGAGGAUUGAGCUUGGGAGGUGGCGGACGAGUAGGCGGUGGUGGUGGCGGUGGAGGCGGUGGCGGAGGGGGAGAUCUCCGUGGUGGUGGCGGCGGUGGUCUUCUAAAUCCUGGAUACGAAGGUGGCGAUAAGUUUGCUCUUGGAGAGGGUGGGACGAACUUUGGAUAUGGUUUUGGAGGACUGUAGGGGCCUCCCGGCCUGGGAUGUGAGAAUGGUGGUGGACGUGGGAAGUAGUAAGGUGGAAAUCCGGAUCUCGGGGGUGGUGGUGCUGGAAAUCCUACUUCUGGGAAGUCCUGCAAACCUGGAUCAUCGUCAUCGUCUUCUAGUCCGUGGUGCUGGUAGUAGUAAUCUGUCCAGCAAGCGGCACCUUGAAACAGGAAGAGAAUGAAGACGCAGAUCGCGCUCGUCGGAGAUGUCAUGGCCGUGCCGUUCUCGCUCUCUGUCUCCUUUUCCCGAGAUCCAGUUUCGAGGAGAGCUCUUUUUCUUUAUGCUUAUGUAAAUGCUCCACUGGAUGGAUGGACUGGAGUCGAAGCAACGUGAGUUAUGAUUGUUUGUGUACAUUGCUCUUCACUCUAAAGGUUGCAGUGACCGAUCAAGCAAA